UUUUUACAGCAAAUAUUUCUUUUCAGGAAACGUCAGGUACAUUUAAUUUUUUAAUAAUUAGGAAUUAGACGCAGGAUAAGUAUCCAGUAUCGUAUGUUAAGGGAACAAAAUUCCACCGAAUUUCAAUUCAGUGAUCAGAAGACGUCAACGACAGGUUAGAAGCAGUCAUUUCAUAGCAAAAUCAGCAAUGAAGGCCUUACGUUGCCCAUUUCUCACACGUGUGAACGUGAACCAGAUUACCCAGAAUGCCCGCAGCCUGCUGAAUAACCAUGUGGGGAGCUGCCCUAUCAUGACCCGCAUUAUGACCUCCAGCCAGCUGGCCUUCCUGACAGAAGGUGCCCAGCCAGAGGCUAGCAAGUGCCCUUUCAUCAAGAAUGAGAUCGCAGCUGCAACUGAAGGCAUGCCCGUAGAUACCACGAUCUGGGAGAAGUCUCUAGAAAUUGAGCCAAAAGAUACCCAGGUCAUUGCUGGGGACAAGGUGCCCCUGUUGAAGAAUAAUGAACCCCUUAAGGAGUUCAUGAAGGCUUUCCCUGCUCUGGAAGGGAUUGUAGAUGCCACCAAGGGGCCAUUGAAGGGGCUCACACCAGAGGGGCCAGUAGCUACUGAGUCCAGAAAGGGGAUCAAGAUGGAGACCAUUGACAACAGGAAGCUGUUUAACUAUGAGAGAUUCUUCAACGGGGAGAUUGACAAAAAAAAGAAGAACCACACGUACCGUGUGUUCAAGAAGGUUCUACGCAAGGGAACACGGUUCCCGUUCGCGGAGGAAUACACGGGGGAGCCGCGCGACAUCAGCGUCUGGUGCAGCAAUGACUACCUGGGAAUGAGCUGGCACCCCAAGGUCACAGACGCUGUGAGAAAUGCGCUGAUGGAGCAUGGAGCCGGUGCGGGUGGCACCAGAAACAUCUCCGGAAAUUCUCCCUUGCACGAGGCCCUGGAACAAGAACUUGCCUCUCUGCAUGAGAAAGACGCAGCCCUCAUUUUCACGUCUUGUUUCGUGGCGAACGACUCCACGCUGUUCACCCUCGGAAAGGCUAUUCCAGGGGUGCACAUUUUCUCGGACGAGGGCAACCACGCCUCAAUGAUUCAUGGGAUCCGGACAAGUGGUGCCCCGAAGCACAUUUUCCGGCACAAUGACCCGGAGCAUCUUGAAGAACUGCUGCAGAAGGUUGACCCCAGUGUGCCGAAGAUCGUGGCUUUUGAGACUGUGCAUUCCAUGGACGGUGCUGUAUGCCCUCUACGAGAGCUGUGUGAUGUCUCACACAAGUAUGGCGCCCUCACCUUUGUAGACGAGGUGCAUGCCGUCGGCUUGUAUGGCAAGAAUGGUGGUGGGGUCGGAGAGCGGGAUGGCUGCAUGGACAAGAUGGACAUCAUCACAGGAACCCUGGGGAAGGCAUUCGGCAAUAUCGGUGGCUACAUUGCUGCUUCUGCAAGCACGGUGGACAUGAUACGAAGUUAUGCUGCUGGUUUCAUCUUCACGACAUCCUUGCCUCCCACUACCCUGGCUGGGGCUGUGGCUUCUAUAAGGGUUCUAAGAAGUGACGAGGGCCGCCAGCUGCGAUUCCGCCACCAGGAGAGAGUGCGAUACCUGCGUGAGAGACUGGUUGAGGCCGGUAUACCGGCCCUCCACUGUCCCAGCCACAUCAUCCCUGUUCAUGUGGGAGACGCGGCUCUAGCCACAAAAUUGAGCAAUGAGCUGAUGACUGAGCACAACGUUUACAUCCAAGCCAUCAACUACCCCACAGUUGCGCUGGGCAAGGAACGUCUCAGGAUCGCACCCACACCCCACCACACCACUGAAAUGAUGGAUGAUCUCGUGGAGAAACUUGUCAAAGUGUGGCGAAACAACGGCCUUGACCUGCACAAGAAUGUCUGCCCCAAAUCAUGCGAGUUUUGCCGGAAACCGCUGGAGUUUGAGAGGUUCUUUUCUCGGGAUCCUGUCUGUCAACGGUCCAACUGCACGUACACCUCUCUGCAGAGCACGCUUCUGACCGCUACCGCUUAAAAAGGAGUUAUGGAGAAUGGGUUUUAUCUUGUCUAAAAUUUGAAAACCUGGGUUUAUUUGACAAAAAGGUUAUUACCGGUAGUCAAAGAAUCAUUCUUGACAUUGUGAUGUUCUAAAAAAAAAGAUAUAUUAAAAUUGGCUAAUAUUUAGGAAAUUUAUGUUCAUAUUAAGAGUCACGUUAACAGAUAUUAUUACAACAUGGUUUAAAGUUGAUUGUAAUCAGUCAAGUAAAGGAAAAACAACAACAGAAUUAUUAUUUUUCUUUUUUGAAAUUUUUAUCUGUGUAUAGGCUAAGUCUGAAGUACCUUUAAUUAUGUCCCAAUCUAUUCUUUUUACUUAGCUUUUUGAUGGGUAUCUUACGGAUAUGGGAUCAAAACUGCCUUUUUAUACGCCCGUCUAUGGGAUGGAUUUUUUUCAAAUUUCAACACAAUCUUAAUAUUGAUAAACCCUGAUCCCCUUUCGUUUUUGACGGAAUUCUGAAUUGUCGUUCCAGAGUUAUGGGACUUUGUUCGUCAAAAUUUUGUGAUUUCAUUGAAUGUCCUACCGUAGCCGUCCGUCCGUCCGUCUGUUAAUGUUGUACGCUACGUCAAAUAUCCUUUGACAGAUUUUCUUCAAAUUUUAACACAAUUUUAACACAAUCUUAAUAUUGAUAAACCCUGAUCCCCUUUCGUUUUUGACGGAAUUCUGAAUUGUCGUUCCAGAGUUAUGGGACUUUGUUCGUCAAAAUUUCGUGAUUUCAUUGAAUGUCCUACUGUAGCUCAAAUAUCCUUCGAUGGAUUUUUUUCAAAUUUCAACACAAUCUUAAUAUUGAUAAACCCUGAUCCCCUUUCGUUUUUGACGGAAUUCUGAAUUGUCGUUCCAGAGUUAUGGGACUUUGUUCGUCAAAAUUUCGUGAUUUCAUUGAAUGUCCUACUGUAGCUCAAAUAUCCUGCGAUGGAUUUUUUUCAAAUUUCAACACAAUCUUAAUAUUGAUAAACCCUGAUCCCCUUUCGUUUUUGACGGAAUUCUGAAUUGUCGUUCCAGAGUUAUGGGACUUUGUUCGUCAAAAUUUCGUAAAAGAUAUGGUAUGAAUGUCAAGGAGACGGCGCUCCAUGCUCAUGUACUUAUAAAAUAAACCAUGUAUUCAAAUACAAAUAAACUGAAGUAAAAAAAUGAUUCAAAGGGUUAUUUAUUACCUUACUACUUCAUUGGCGAACGACGGGCGUAUCAUGCGCUCAUGGCGCAGCUCCUCAGUUAAAUAAAGGGACAGUUGUUAUUGAGUUUUCAUUUGGGAGAUAUUAAAAUAUGAUUAAAAGGCCUGGUAAACAAAAAAUCUCAACACAUUUGUGAAUAUUUGACAAUUAAAAUUUGCAAUUUACAACAUUUUAAAUAUUAAGCUUUAAUAGCAAUAUUUCCUCUAAUUCUAUUCAAUGUGAAAUGGACAUAGCACAUAUUUAACUUCAUUUUGAAUUGGAGAUGACGGUAACACAAUAAGUGAAGUUUGACACUUUUGUUUAAGGAAUGUAUGUUUAUUGUUAAUGUAUAUUCUUUUUACCAAUACGUUUUAAUAAUUCAAGUUAACGAAAAACAACAUUGAACAUUAAGCUUGUAAAUCCAAGUAUCAAUAGAACAUUUCUUACAAAUCUUAGAAACAAUGACAAUAGAUGAAAUAUCUCUUGGAUGUAUUAUGUUUUAGAUUAUGUUCUUAAACUAUUACGAAUGGCAUUUAGUUACUGUGUUCGAACAUUUUAGAAAUUGUCUUGUUCAUUUUUUAUGAAAAUCUCAAAUCUUUUUUUGUUAUCUUCAAUAAUCUGCAAGUAAAUUGCUGGUAACAGUGUGAUGUACCAAUCAUGAUCACAUCAUUGUGCCAAAAAAGUUCAACAAAUACUUGAUCACAAACUGACAUUCCUUGUAUUUUAAUAGUUAUUGUUUAUUAACAAACAAACAUUUGCAUUCACCCAGCUGUAAGAAUUUUUCGUCAUGUGAACAUGUUUAAGAAGUAUGUAGUUUAAAAAUGUUCUUUAUGUAUGUAAGCAUUAAGUUUAAAUUGUUAAAACUUUAAGAAAAAUGGCAUUUAUAUUAUCAUGAAUGGUUGUGCAUACCCCCAUUACCAUUGAUAAUGGGGGCUAUAUAGGAGUCACUUUGUCUGUCGGUCUGUCCCGAAAUUUCAUCCAAUCUUCACCAAACUUGGUCACAAGUUGUAUCUAGAUGAUGUAUAGGUCAAGUUUGAAUAUGGGUCAUGCCGGGUCAAAAACUAGGUCACGGGGUCACUUAGUGUUUUUUAAACCGAAAGUUUGUCCGGACCAUAGCUACGUCAUUUAUCGUUAGAUUUUGAAAUAAAUUGGUACAUUUGUUCACCAUCAUGGGACGGUGUGUCGGGUUAAAAAAGUAUGUCGAUAUCUCCAAGGUCAAGGUCACACUUGGAGUUCAAAGUUCAAAUGCUUGUCCGGGCCAUAACAUUAUCAUUUAUUGUGAGAUUUUAAAAUAAUUUGGCACAUUUGUUCACCAUAAUUGGACAGUGUGUCGUGCGAAAGAAUUACAUGGAUAUCUCCAAGGUCACACUUUGAGUUCAAAGAUCAAAAAUGGCCAUAAAUGAGCUUGUCCGGGCAAUAACUAUGUUGUUCAUUGUGAGGUUUUAAAAUAAUUUGGCACAUUUGUUCACCAUCAUUGGACGGUGUGUCGCGUGAAAUAAUUACGUGGAUAGCUCCCAGGUCAAGGUCACAUUUUAAGUUCAAAGGUCAAAAAUGGCCCUAAAUGAGCUUGUCUGGGCCAUUACUAUGUUGUUCAUUGUGAGAUUUUAAAAUCAUUUGGCACAUUUGUUCACCAUCAUUGGCCGGUGUGUCGCGCGAAAGAAUUACGUCAAUAUCUCCAAGGUCAAGGUCACACUUUGAGUUCAAGGGUCAAAAAUUGCCAUAAAUGAGCUUGUCCGGGCUAUUACUAUGUCAUUCAUUGUGAGCUUUUAAAAUUACUUGGUACAUUUUUUCACAAUGAUUGGACAAUGAUUCAUGCGAAAGAAUUACGACAAUAUCUCCAAGGUCAAGAUCACACUUGGAGUUCAAAAGUGAAAAAUGGCCAUAAAUGAUCUUGUCCGGGCCAUAACUAUGUCAUUCAUCGUGAGAUUUUAAAAUGACUUUGUACAUUAAUUUUGUUCACAGUUAUUGGACGGCAUGUCAUGCGAAAAGUUCAAGAGUGCAAAGAUCAAAAUGGCCAUAAAUAAUAAUGGCAUAAUAAUUCUUAAAAAUAGCCAUAAAUUAGAUUCUCUUGUUUUGUAAAGGCAGCAUGCAAAAUAGUCUGUGUCAAUGCGGCAUGUUGGGGUAUAUGUCAGGUCUGUGACAAAGCUCUUGUUUAUUUUUACUGCAUUUAUUUUAUGCACUUAUUUCUCUUCUAAUAUUUUCAUCUGCAAGGGUGGUGGGAUUAUAAUCGUAAAUUAUGAAUAAAGGUUUUAAUUUAACGGCUGGAAUGAAAGACCUUUUUUACCAUGACACAUACAGAUUUAAUGUUUUUAAUGUGGCAUUCAAGACAUUACCAGUUUUAAAACAAGUUUAAUGCAUUGAUCAUAGCAUUUAUGCAAUACAUGUAUACGAAGACUGAUUUAAUUCUUUGUAGGGUCAUUCAUUAUUUACACAAUUUAAGACUUUACAAUUUGUGAUAAAUACAAUUACUGAAGAAGGUGUGUCAUGUGUUACUGAUUUAUAUAGCAAAGGCUUUUGAAAAGAAUAUUCAGUAAUGUAUAAAAUAAAAAAUAUAUAUACAUGUUAUGACAAAUUUCAUGACAAAGGAAAUGUCUUUGAAAAAAAAACAACACUUUGUUAUAUAAUUAUUUAAAUAUUUAUGUAAUUUGUUAUGUUAAUAUUAUAUAAAGAAAAUUUAUUAAAGCAUAUGCCAUUUCGUUAACUGCCAUCAUAAAAAUGUUGUUGAUUCCUUAUAAAUAUAAACAAUUGUUUUUAAUAAUUUGUUCUCCAAAUAAGAUCUGGUCAACUAAUAAAGAAGUUUAAAUUA